GGAUUUGAAGGACCCCAAGCCCAUGCUGUGGCAGAGCCAGAGCCAGAAGUGCGUUUAGUGGCGCAACAUGAACACCAGCAGCGAGAUCUACUGCAGCUACUUGGAGCGUUCCCGCAUCGAUCUGCAGGUGGAGGAGGCCAACGUGUAUGUGGCCCGUGCCCUGCGGUAUGUCAUCGAGAAUGUGCUGGCGCAGCUGAGUGCCACGCUGGUGGUGACCAUAUCGACGCGGGAUGAGGGCACCGCCCGUUGGUUCGAGUAUGUGAUGAACACGCUGGUUUAUUCGUGGCGUGUGGCAGCUGUGCAGCUGCUGCGAUUCAGCACGGACAUCGAGCGGCUGCGGGUGCGUGUGCCCGGCCGGAAGCGAUUCAACCUGCUGCUGGUGGACUCGUACGAGGGGCUGCUAAACUCAAACAUUACCGAGGACAAUGCGGACUUUGAUGAUCCGGAAUAUUACUUCAUCUUUCUGCAGACGCGCGACCAUCUCAUACCCAUGGAGCUGCGCCUGAUACUGGACCACUGCCUGGAGCAUUACUGGCUGCACUGCAACGUGAUGGUCCAGACCGCCCAGGUGGAUGUCCUCGUGUACAGCUACUUUCCGUACACGUCCGAGCACUGCCAGGCGGCCCAGCCGGUGCAGGUGAAUCACUUUGAUGGCCAGCGCAUGGUCAACGCGACGAUGUUCCCCGAGAAGCUGCACCAGCUGCAUGGCUGCCCCAUCUCUGUGCUCACCUGGAACCAGCCGCCAUUCGUGGAGCUCACAUGGGCCGAGGGGCGCCUGCGUGCCAGCGGCUUUGAGUUCCAGCUGGUGGAGCAUCUGGCCCGCCUGCUCAACUUUACGGUGCAGCUGUUCAACCUGACGAUCCUGCCGCCGGAGCACUAUCGCCUGGCCAAUGGCACCCGCGAGGGGCCCAUUGAGUGGCUGCUCGAGAGGCGGGUCAAUUUCAGUCUCGGAUACUUUCGUAAGACGGCGCGCCGGAACCAGCUGCUGACCACUGGAAUGUCGUACUACUCGGCGCCCCUGGUGGCCGUGCUGCAGCGGGAGAGCUAUCGCGUGGGUUCGCUGGCGCUGCUCACGUUUCCGUUCGAGUGGUCCGUGUGGCUGAUCCUGGUCGGCGCACUGGCCCUGCAAAUGGCCAUUCGCUGCGCUGCACUGCCGGUGCUGGAGCUGCUGUUGGGCCAGUCGCUGAGCCGCCUGCCACGCUGCUGGCUGCACAGACUGGUCCUCGCCCACUGGCUGUAUGCCGUGAUACCGCUGAGGAUCUGCUACCAGUCGCUGCUCUUCCAACUCAUCCGCAUGCAGCUGUUUGCAGCGCUGCCGGACUCCCUGGAGCAGCUGCUGUCCGAGAAUUUUCGGGGCGUGUGCGCCGCCAAUACGCUGCGAAUGCUGCACGAGCUGCCGCUGGUGGCGCACCGCACGGAAAGCUUCACUGGCCUGGCCACGCCCUACGACCAAGAGGUGCUCGACUCGCUGCAGCAGGCGGAAGGGCGCAAAAUCUUUGCCAUAGCCGGCAGGGACGUCACGCUGGCAUAUCUGCGGUCCAGCAGCCGCCCGGACAGCUACCAUGUGGUGGAGCAGCCGGUGAAUGUGGAAUAUGCUGGCCUCUACAUGCCCAAGCACUCGUACCUGUACGAGAAGGUGAACGGGGUACUGCGGCGACUGGACGACACCGGAUUCAUACACGCGUGGCGACGUUCCGCCUUCGUGGCCCACCGCAGCAGGCAGCAGGAGCUGCCCCACGAACGGGAUCGGCGUCGGUACAUCAGCAAUGCCCAGCUGUCCGGCGUCUACAAGUUUAUGACGCUGCUGUACGCCAUUUGUGGCUGCGUCUUUGCCGGCGAACUGCUGCUCCAACGCUGGCAGGACCGUGCCUAAUGCUCCGCGGCAUUCCUCUGACCAUUAAUCAUGGGCAAAAGUUUUUUCUUUCUUUUUGCUGCAAUUAAACGGGGGAA